UUGUGGUAUAAGCGUUUUCGGAAAUAAGAAAAUUUCCCUCAUUAACAAUAUAAUGGCAAAUUGACUUGUUUAUUGACUUUGGCAAAUUGUUGUGACUCGCAGUAUCAUCCGUUUACUUUAAGAAAAUAGUUCUUUUGUUCUACAAAAAAUUUCAACAAUUUAUUAUGAAAACACGGCCACAAUGUAAUUUUUGCGAAGGAAAUAACCUGCCCGCCCAAACAGGAAAUGACUGCAUUUGAAAAUACUUUAUUAACUGUCAAUCACACAUUUUAACAGCGAAAUCUUUCAGCGAGAGUGCACUGAAUCUUGUCAAAAGUGGCUAUUUGAGAGUGGAUGGAAUUCAGACUAAAAGCCUAAUUCAUUAUUUACGUGAUUUUAAUAUGUGGUACGUGAUCCGAGAGCUACAAUUGUAGCUCAUCCCAGCAUCCGGGUUUUAGAUAAUCCUUACGUCAUCGUGUGUUGAUCAAAUGGAUUGUGUACACAUGAAGUGAGCGGACGCCGUGACAAAGCGAAAAACAUCAACAAUCAAAUGUCGAAACCAAAGGAUGUUUACUCACUAAGCAGAUUACUAUUUUUAAACAUGAAAUGCCGAGAAAUCUUUAAAUCGAGCUCUAAGUUUGCUUAUUUCAAAGCAAAUUGACAGCAUUACAAAAUAUCUUCAGGAGAGGGGUGGACUGGAACGGAGCAGAGCGUGCGUGAGUGACGUUUUGCUCCAAUUAGUAUCAAUUACUGUUCAAAAUAGCACUACAAUGGUUUGCCGGAAGUGGGGUGUCAAUAAGGUUUUUUCUUUUUUCCUCCUCUCUAUGUUUUUAUACUCUUAAUUUACGACUUGGGAACAUGAAAAUAAGAUUGAGUUUGAGCUGCUGUUUGAAAACUCUCCGAAAAUUUGCCAUUUGCUACGAGUUUCUUUCUUUCGGUAGCGGGAGGCAAAAUAAAUGUCUUAUGUCAUGAUUUGUCACAAACCCACCCAUAUCUAAUAAGACACCCUGAGUCAACAUGUCAAAGGAUGGCGGAGUAGAAUUACAUUCACUUGUAGCCACAGAGGUCACUGCUUUCGUUUAUUAUAAAUAGUUUUCAUAACGUGUAUUUAUACUUGACCUUUGUUUGUAAUCUCUCCGCGCGCCACACUAAAUUUAUAAGCAGUGUAUCUGAGCCAAGACAAUAACAGUUACCUAACACUACUGAUUGCGAUCGUCAUGGAAUCCAACUCAACGGAGAAGCAAACGUACUGUAAACCUCUGAAGGUUUCCCGAAGCAAAAUCUUCUAUUAUGUCGGACACUUGGUUGUUGUAAUAGCCGUGACUUUGCCAACGAUAUUUUACGUUCUUCAGCCGGAUCAUCCUCCACACACCAACUUCAAUGAAACUGAAGUAUCUGUCAACUCGUCUAAUUCGUGGAGGAGAAGAAACCUGACUGCUACUAUUAACGAUUUUCCGAUCAAGUGUAACUCGCCCCUAGUCCCCGAUAACGAAACCGGCCAAUGUCGGCCGCCAUGUUCCUGGACGAUACAGUCACCUUUGCGGCAGAGGGUGUACUUCAAUAUUAUUGUGGUUGGUUUGUGGAUGGCCCUCAUUGCAACAGUGAUCACGUUCAUCACUUGGGCCAGCAUUAAAAAUCUCCGCACGUUUCCACAUGUUCUGCGUUUUUACAUCAUUUUCUGCUGCAUUAUCCUUGCCAACUGCAGGAUGCUCCCCAUACACAUGGGACCUGAAAAGACUUUUUGUCGUGGUCAAAAGUUUUGGCAACCGACCGGUUCCUCUUCAUUAGCUUCUAUCAUUCAAGGUGCGAUGUCUCACUAUUUUGGACUGGCCCAUUCCUUCUGGGCAAUGUGUUUUAUAGCGAACACAUAUGCAGUUAUCAUUUAUGACAACCGAUCGGUCUUCAAACACCCAAUCAAAUUUCACUUGAUGCAGUCCGUGUUGUGCUGGUGUGGGCCCGCAGUCAUCGUGGCCAGCUGUCUUUACAUCGCUCCACCGGGAUACAAGUUUCUCUUUGUGGAUCUUAUGAUGGCUGGUGUCGGAAGCAUUCGAAUGGGUUACUUUGCUGUCACUCUACCAGUGCAGGUCACGCUUGGGAUUUCACUGUGUUUGCUCUGGUCGAUUGUGUGGCACCUCAGAAAGGCUCGCUUAGACUCCACUAAACGAGUUAUCCGAGCCAGGGAAGAGAGGAUUUCCAUGCGGCGAGUUGAGCGGCAGUUUUUGAGCAUGGCUGUUAUAAUACUGCUGGUGGUGGGGGUGGGCUUGUCAAUCAACACCGUGACACUGUACCGCGUCAAGAAUUUUGUGCACGAUGCGGAAGUCUACUUUGACUGUCUGAAGGCCUCAACGGACUGCAAGCCUCCUACAUACAACACAGUGCGUUCAUUAAUAAGGAUCAUAGCCCCAGCAAUCGUCUGUCUUGUAUUCUUCUUCCUUUUACUGAUGAACAAGGAUUGCCGUAACAUCUGGAUUGGAUGCUUCCGUAAAUUUACCAAGCUAUUUGAGUUCUGCAAACCUGCUCCAAUGAAGAUUCGGGCCGACACGAGCCGCUCACGAUGUUCUUCGACGCUGACUGUUCUGUCUGAUCAUCGGCGAGAUUCGGAGCUGUUUCCAAGGCAAUCCAUUCUAUUUCCAAAUGAUAGUCCACUAUUGGAUCUAGAUGUCAAACCAACGAGACCUAGAGCUUCCACUUUGAAUUUACCAGUCAAAAAACAGACAAUAACCGUCUCGAAUUUAGACAUUGAAAUUUUAGUAACACCUCCUCCAAAUGAUUUCAAUCCACGAGGAAGAUGCCAUUCCGUUCCUGUUUUCCUUCUCAAUGAGCCAAUGCCACAAAGGAAUGAUCAAAACAAAGUGAAUACAUGGGUGGCUACACUUCCAGUCUUUGUUCCAGAGGAGUUUGGUUCUUUUGGAAGCAACUACAGCGAAGAGGAUUCGGACGUUUAUAGUGAAUCACGGCUGGAUGGGGUGAGCUACAUCCGGGAAAUCUCAGGAUAUUCCUCCAAACUGUAGCUAGUGGCAUACACCGCUGAAACGUAAAAACGACGAUCGCUGGCGCUGAAAUAUAUAAUGUGCCUCAGUGGAAGGAGGUUU